AUGACUGGGGAACUAAAUGAGUUAAUUCAGAUCGUUGGAGACGAUCUACUCGUCACAAAUCCUGAAAGAAUAGAAAGGGCUAUCGAGACGAGUGCCUGUAAUGGCUUGCUGCUUAAAGUGAAUCAAAUUGGAACAGUGACAGAAGCUAUUGAGGCCAACAAUCUCUCACGAAAUGCGGGCUUCGGCGUGAUGGUGAGCCACAGGUCUGGAGAGACGGAAGAUGCUUUCAUAGCAGCGCUCUGCGCAGGACUCGGCACCGGCCAAAUUAAAGCGGGGGCACCUUGUCGAUCCGAGCGGCUUGCCAAGUACAACGAACUACUGCGAAUUGAAGAAGAGACGGGAGAUCAAGCUGUUUUCGCGGGUGAAUAUUGGAGAGACCCGUGGAUGCUGCAGGACUCCUCUAAAGGAGCUUCCAAUUGGUAG